UGGAAAAACCCAACAAAGUUUCAAGGUGACUUGUCUCUCAUUUCCACUCAUUUCCUUCACACAAUAAAACUUUUUUAUGCUCCACAAGUAGUGGUAUAAUUACGUUGAAAUCUUAAUUCAACAAGUUAAAGUUGUACGCUGCUUUUGGUGUUCAGCAGGUUAGAAACGAUUCAACAGAAACGUGCGCUCCUUGAAUGGGAAAGCGAAAGUGUCUCACCCGCUCAAAGUUUCGCUUUCGGUUACAUACCACGUGAACUAACUUGAAGUCCAUUUGCGUUUUGUUUUUUUAAAGUUAACCUGAAUGCUUUUUUGGGGCUGCCACUGGAGCUGAAUGCCCUUCAGACUGAAAUCGGACUUGGAAGAUGGAAGAAGGGCCCAAGAAGCACCUGAAAGAGUGGCUCUUAGCUCAGGUGGAAAGUGGUGCGUUUGAGGGUCUGCGUUGGGAAGACCAGGCGAAAACCAUGUUCAGGAUCCCCUGGAAGCAUGCUGCCAAAAAGGACUACAAGGAGACGGACGAUGCUGCUCUCUUCAAGGCCUGGGCCUUGCACAAGGGCAAACACAUGGAGGGAAAGGACCGAGCCAACCCCACCGUGUGGAAGACUCGUCUGCGGUGUGCACUUAAUAAGAGCACAGACUUCCAAAUGGUCCCUGAACUCAGCCAGCUGGACAUCUCAGAACCUUAUAAAGUGUACCGCAUCCAGCAAGACGGUGGGCCAUCAUCUCAGGCCGAGUCUCCACUGAGAAAGGAUAGCAUGACUAUCCAAGUUAAGACAUCGUCAUGGAGUCCUGGUUUCCAAGAAAUAGAGGAAUCAUUUCAAGCCUGUGAAGAAGAACCAGAACAAAAAGAACAACCUAAUGAGCUAAUAAGGGACCAUAUGUAUUGUGAGCCGACUGGAAAAAAAAGUCCCACUCAGCACUCUGCUUGGUUGACCUUCUGCAGCUCUAUUCAUACCAUCUCAGAUUUUAGAAUGCAAGUGACAUUGUUGUACCACGGCCACAGUGUGAUGAGAUGCACCACUAAGAGUCCAGAAGGAUGCUUUAUCCUGCAUGGUCGAGGUCCUUUAGGAAGUGAGCGUAUAUACGGGCCUUGCAACGCACAACAGCUUUUUUUUCCUUCGCCAAACUCCUUCCACACAUCGUCAUACAUGGUGGAAGCAAUAAAUCGCCUUCUCUGCCAUCUGGAAAGGGGUGUACUCUUAUGGGUUGCCCCUGAUGGGGUGUUCAUCAAGCGGUUCUGCCAGGGCAGGGUGUACUGGAGCGGCCCCAUGGCUCCAAACGCUGAUCGGCCCAACAAGUUGGAGCGAGAGAAGACCUUCAAAUUGCUUGAUACUUCAGAAUUUCUCAACGAUCUUCAGAACUGUUUGCAAGGAAAGGGAACGCCACCCCCUUAUAGGAUAGAACUUUGCUUUGGAGAGGAGUACCCGGACCCAACAACCCCUAAAACCACAAAGCUUGUCAUGGUUCAGGUGGUGCCUAUGUUUGCUGUGGAUCUGCUGCAGAGGUUGAGCUUGGAUGAGAUGAAGAACACUACGGACCUUCCCAACACAAAUACAGAGAAAACUGAGAAAGUCCUUCCUGCGGGGAAGCCGUUGUGAACCAGCCAAAGGUUUAUUUCCUUAUUUUAAUUCUACAGAAAAAACAGCAAAGAGCAGAAUUUUAAAGGAAAUGUUUGUCUAUGUUUCUGUACAGUAGAGCCUCUGAAGAGAAAUGGUUCACUGGGUUCAAACUAUGUUGCUUUUUCUUGUUGAUAUGCUAUACACAACUCUAUAUUGGCUGCCGAGUUGUGAGUACAAUAAUGAAAAGUCAAGCAUAAUAAUGAAAUGUGCAUGUAGAUUUGAGACGUAUAUAUAAGGAAGCAUCCACCACACAUUUUAUAUUGUUUUUAAGUUAAUUAUGAAAUUUUUAACUAUAAUGAUGGAAAUGGUAAUAUUAAUGAUGAUUAUAAUGAUGGUAAUAAUGAUAAAGAUUAUAACAAUAAUGAUAAUAAUAAUAAUAUUACAAUGAUAAUAAUAACAGGGGAAAAAAGACAGUGGCAUGAACAUGAUUAUAUCUUGCAAAAAGGGGUAGGCAUUUAUAAGCUUUUGCUUCAGCCUACUCCAGUUGAAUACAAAUGUAAAUAAUGGAAAGUUAUAUUUUGAUUGAUGUAAGAAAUGCACACUAAUGAUUCAUAUAUUUGCCCAAAUUAAAAAAAAAAAAAAAAAAAGAACUGUGGUUAUAUGUUAAAAAAAUGAAAUGAGAUGGCUAAAUCAUUGUGUGACUCACCUUGUGUGAAGUAUCCUUCUUUUGCAAGUUUUGUCUGGAAGAAAAAAAUCUUAUCUUAACAAGGACUAUGAUAUUGCAUUUUCUACCCUUGAACCAGAACAAGAUAAUUACAUAUUUUGUAACCUAAUAAAAGUUGUAAAUCGAGUGUUUUCAACAAAAGCAGGGAAUAAAUCAGCAGUGAUAAUUAAAUUCAUGAAGCUUUUUUCUUUCUGUUUAUUUCUAGCGAACAUCAUAUAACAGUUUCACAAUUUUUUAAAAAAUAUACAUUUUGUAGCUAUGACAUUUAGAAGGA